UUGCCGACCCGUCCUGUGCGAGCAAACAAAACUUUGUCCAGACGUCAUUUCAUGAGAACUUUUGCACCUCCCAAUUUCGUGAAUGUCCCAAGAUAGUUUUGGGACAAACGAAAAUAUAUCUGGGCCAGAUAUUCAAAAACACAAUGAGAUGAAAGUCACAAUUCGGACGAAAAGAAAAAAUGGCAAAAUCAAAGAUCUUGUCUUAUUGAUAAUAUCACCGGUUGAUCAGCAAAUCCCGCUUCGCCAUGCGCACCGGCGAAACCGAAAAGAGACUGUGUUCUGUACUAUACAUCUGAAGAGCCUGGAACCCCAUCCCGCCGUUCACAAAGAGCAAUCAAGUCAAGGCCAAGUCCCGAGCAAAGAGGAAACUGCCCAUCACAAAUGCAGUAGUCGAUCAGACCCGAUCCGAUCGAUAUCCGCGAAUAUGCAGCCAGCCGGAGAGAGAAAGAAGAGAAGAGACAUGCUGACGAUGAUAUGCAGCUCUCCCUCCGACCCAGUUCCCUUCCUCCCCGUUCCUCGACCAACUCCCUCCAUGAUACCCCGUCCAAAAAGAGUCUCCUUUUCUUGAGAGAUCCGAGACGUACGAGCCAGUGAGAGAAAUUAUCUCAUUAUUUGCGUAAUGUAGUUUGCGAUUUUUGUAGAGAGAAAACGGGAGAGAGCUCUGUGCAUGGAAGUCAAGGUGGAAAAGAAAACCCAUAUGAAGACACCAAACACCAAU